AUGGAAGAUGAGCAUUCUCGAUCGUCUCUGACUGAUGAGGAAGAUUAUGUAGAUGAUAACGACGAUGGCGCUGACUACGAAGGUAUUUUCAGAUAUUUUUCCUUCUUCUUCUGAAGAUGAGUUUUUCAGCGACGAUAGAGGAAGAAGAAACACUCGAUAGAGAAGAUUAUGCCAACGAAUUGAAAGGUUUCAGUGUUUUAGUUGUUUUCUCUACUAAUUUCGCUAUCUAGACUUAGAAGAUGAGGGGGAGAUGUCACUAGAAGAACUUCAACGUAAGUAUGGCUAUCCUCCGGGCGGAGCGGCUGCUCCAAGUCACGACGAAGAGGACUAUGGCGAUGAUGAGGUAACUUGCAGUGUUUGCUGAAACCUAAUAAUAAAAACAUUUUCCAGCAAGUCGGGGAGUCCAGCACCGCACCAACCGAACUGUUCGACGCUACGAUUCUCGAUAUGGGCAACUCCUUGAGCGGUCUCGACGACGAUGAUGAAGACUACGCGCCACCUGAUCCUUGGAAGCGCUCGAUUCGCAUUGAUCCGGUCUUGUUCCAAGCCGAUGUUCCGGAUAUUGAAACUUCUAAUGCUGAUACUGAAGCCGCUCGUGAAAGCGACAUCGUGUUGUGGGCUAUUGAUCAGCCAAAUCAACCGAGCGACGAAAUAUUGGACACGUAUUUGAAGGAUGUCGUUGAACUGCGAAAAGCGCACGAACAGCCUGUGCCACCAGAAGGCUGCGAGACUCGUGACGACGAAGAUGCUCUUUGUGCAUUAUACCGCAACAACUUCGACACGGAACGAGCCAAACUAUCGUUCCCGUUCCCGCAUAUAAACGCGCCAUUUCGCACUGUCCGUCCGGAUGCUUUGGGAUUUGACGAAAGUGAAUCAAAGAUUUUCGAGGAGUCAUUAGAAUUGUAUGGAAAAGAUUUCUCGUUGAUCAGAAGACUCCGGGUAAAGAUAGUGACGAGAAAAUCUUUUUAAAUGUGGUUUACUUUCAGCUGCCGUAUCGUAAAGUCGGAGAGUUGAUAGAAUAUUACUACCAAUGGAAGCUGACGCCUGGGUACGUGCACACGUCACCAUGUGUUUAGUAAAAUGUGUUUUUGCAGAUAUCGUGUUUGGCGUGAAGCCCAUCCGCAACACGCACCUGUCGUCCAGCCGCAUCUUUCUGCUGCGUGGCACCAACAAGUCGCCCAAAUGGAAACCGAAUAUCUCGGACCCACUACCUUCUCCGAAGCCUCAUUUGUCGAGCCGCCGUCCACUUCUGAAGAGCCGCCUUCUCUCGCCAACUAA